AUGUUCCCUUGCAACCCCCAGUCUGCCUUGAAGGAGAAGCGUGUCGCUAUUGUUGGAUGUCCCUUCUCGGGAGGACAAGCUCGCGGUGGUGUCGACUUUGGUCCCGAGCACAUGAUCAACGCCGGUCUUAUCGACCAGGUCAAGGAGCUCGGAUGGGACGUCACCUUCGAGGGCCACCAGCAAUUCGAGCAGCUCAAGCCUGCUGCGAAUGAGGACCCUGAUGUCGGGAGAUUGAAGAAUCCGCGCUAUGUCUCGGCUGUCACGAAGGCUGUUUCUGGUGUUGUCGAGAAGCACUGUAAGAGGGGGGAGUUCCCUUUGACUGUUGGUGGUGACCACUCUUUGGCUAUUGGUACUGUCUCUGGUGUCAUGGCCGCUUACCCUGACGCUUGUCUCGUCUGGGUCGACGCUCAUGCGGACAUCAACACCCCCCACUCCACCCCCUCCGGCAACAUCCACGGCUGCCCCCUUUCCUUCGUCACCGGUGCCGCAGAGCCCUGUCCUGACGUCUUCUCCUGGGUCCCCAAAUGCCUUCCCUUCGAGCGCAUCGCAUACAUCGGCCUCCGCGACCUCGACCCCGUCGAGAAGCAGAUUUUGCGUGAGAACAAUGUGUGUGCGUACACCAUGCACCACGUCGACAAAUACGGAAUCGGUCGUGUUGUCGAGAUGGCGUUGGAGAGGAUUAACCCCGGCUUGCAACGCCCGAUUCAUUUGAGUUUCGAUGUUGAUGCGAUGGAUCCUGCUGUUGCGCCUGCUACUGGAACCCCUGUUCGUGGGGGGUUGACGUGGCGUGAGGGGAUGUAUAUCUGUGAGGCGCUCCAUGAGACUGGAAAGCUUGUUGCGAUGGAUUUGAUGGAGGUCAACCCUGUCCUUGGUGCGAGUGAGCAGGAGGUCCAGGCUACUGUUCAUGCUGGUUUGUCCUUGGCUCGCUGCGCUCUCGGCGAGACGCUCCUCUAA